CAGAGUUUCUAAAAUUCCCGGAACCGAGGUGUUUGAAACUGCUUGGGAAAAUAAACCACCGGCGAUCGACGACGCGCUCCUAGAUGGAUAUCUCAUGCAUGUGUUUAUCGGCCGUCUCGAUAUCCAUUAAAGCAGACGCAGGCGGGAAACGAGCCGUGAACUUGGUAAUUGCGAGUUGAACGACGCACGCUCAAAGUCGAGCGAGGAUAUCGACUAGCUCUCUACGAUGCGCCAGCACGUGAUGUCGUAAUCUGUUCGCCGACCUUAAUACCGUUGCCUUAAACACGCUGCGGACGACUCGACAGUUAUGAAAACAGGGAACGUUGGUCCCAGGAGAAACGGAUGAACGCAUCUCGUCGAGGGAUAGCACGGCUGCGAUCAGGCGAUCAUUCAGAUGUCGUCGUUUUGUUUACCGAGCUCUCUGUCCAUCUAGCAAUUCCCAUCCAGUAACUUCCGUUGAUUACACCCUUCUCCCUGCUUCCCCCCCCUCUCUCUCUCUCUCUCUUUCUCUUUUUCUCUCUCUCACACGGCGCUUGUAACGAGAAUUCCUCAGAAAACUGCAUAGUCACGGAGGACGUUGAAAUUAUCGAUCAAGUGGAUUCGCGCUGCCGCGAGUACGAUUACGGUAGAGCAUGAAGAUUGUAAACUAGGUCAGAACAGCGGCAUCGCGAAGUUCGCCAGUGAUUAUUCGGGACCGGGGCGACGAGCAUGGACGCAAGACCUGUCGUGAGGAUUGCCUCGCGACAUGGUAAUAAAUCAUGCAGCUGCAAUGACGUUACAUGAAAUAUGCAACGCCGAAGAUACGCGUACAAGAUUGCUCAGAAUGAGCGGAGACGCAGAGGGAUGAAAGAACGAAUGACGAUAACGGACGAGACGCAACGUAAGAAAUAAAUUGCAAGAAAGCAAAUUCAACGGGUGCGGUGUAACGUCCAAACAAAAUAUGUCGACCUUAGGAAUGUCUUGUUACGAGGAUGGAUUUCGAUUGGGUGGGCCACCGUCGGAGUGCUCUCUCAGGAGCAAGGCGCAGAUCGACGCACUGUUCGAGGACUCUAGAUCGAUCUGCAGCUCAGCACUGGGAGGGUGGUACGCUGGAUUAUCCGCCGUUAUUCCGACUAGCCCCGACGACACAAGCGCCGAGGAGCAGAAAAGGGUGAACAGUGCCGUCCAAGCGCGCAUUGAGGCGAUGUUCGCCUCGGUGGAGGCCGAAAGUGGAACGCCCGGUGAAUGUGCCGCCGCUAUCUUGCCGGUAAAAUAUAUGGGAGCUGCUCCGGUCGGUGGACGCGUGGCUAGUGUGCGUGGUCUUCAAGAGCCUCUUCGUCAACUGUUAGAGCGCAUAGAAGGUUGCAUCAGAGCCGAGCUGGAGGUUUCCAGACGCGGCCUGACGUUCCGCACCAGCGACGUCUGCGAAAAGAACAAUCCUUUCCGCAGAAUAGCGGUAUGGAGCGCCCUAAGGCUUCGAUGCAAGAGAGUACCAUCGGGCGACUUGCAUCACGCCUUCUUGCCUUUAGUUGGUGAUCAAGAUCAGGGACAGACAAUGGAAGAUAGACAUGCCGAUCUCUACAGGACAAUGCGCGGUUUGAAAAGUGAAGUAGAUAUCUAUCCCCCAAUCUUCGCCGUGGUAAUGCGACGACCUGGGGCUGCUAGGCUCUUGGAAUGCCACGCGUUUGCCUGCGAAUCCGAAGAAGAUGCUGUGGCAGCCGCGGCGACGUUAUAUCGUGCUCUUCUUGCCGAUCUGGACGCGAAUCGCCGACGACCUCGUCACACAAACGGUGUCGGUUGCAUCAGUCUAGCGUCCGUCGUUUCCAGCGCCCGAGAACCUAGUUUAAGCAGUAGGAUUGGGUGUUUGCUACCUCCGCCACCAAGGCCAACCGCGCCGCAUCCUGUGAGGCCACCCAGGACCAAAAAGACGUCUGUGAGCAGUUCCAUCACGGAGGAAGAGGGCUUGAAACCCAGUUUGCAAAAAGUACCUCGCAGAAAAAAGCAGAACUCAGAUGUCAAGGCAGAGGACAUUCUUGAAGCACGUGGGAGAAAACGAGACGUCAAGAUCGAGAAAAACAUUUUAGGGCAAAGUAAUCGAGAUAUCGUGCUAUCUAGAAACGAGGAACUGCAAAAUUCCAGAAAUAAGAUGUUCUCUGCCAAGGACCAAAACUCUUUGCGAAUACUGAUCGAGUCCAAUGCGAAAACCGAGAAAAUAUACAAUGUUAGGGAUAACGACACAAACGGUAUUUACGAGAAGCGAUCGAAGUAUGAGAAGAUAUACAAACAGAACAAUUCGAAGAAGGAAACGACUGAUCUAAAGAACGACGUUUACGAGAGGAAUUACGGAUCGUAUGAUUUGAAUCGAACAAACGCCGAAAAUAUCGCUUGCGAACGACAAUUGUACUCCAGAACUGACUGCGUUUUCAUGUAUGAUAAGAUCGACAAAGUCGGAAGAAACGGGGCAAACUCCACGACGUAUGAACAAGUCGUCAGGAAGAAAGAAAAUAUUUACAGCUCACGCAUUGAAGACGCCGACAAGAUCUAUAGCCUCGGGAAGGAGGACAUUUACACGACAAAGAGUACCAGAGAGUACGAGCGUGGUCAAAUGAAAAGCCGCCAAGAGGACGUAUUCUUCGCAAAGAAUUUGAAAAACAACGAGCACUAUCAGUCGCACCAGGAACACCGCGAGGACGGUGGCACGGCGGAUCAGCAGAAGCGUUCAAGAGACCCGGAGAAAGUGUAUUCCGGCAAAAGAGUCAGCCGAGUUGUCACCAUGGACAAACCACUGAAGAAAGACCAAUUGGAUCCCGCUUGCUCGCUGAACAUGCCGGAAUACAGCCGUCCUCGGAUGAGAAGACGAAGCAGAGCGGGUAGCGAGCCUCCGGUCAGCCAUUCGGAGAACGCGAGUAAGAACCUGGAGGAGAACAGUCUCAGGCGAACGCAGAGCGACAUAGACGUGGACCGAGGAGAUUUAAUGACCAGAGUCGAAUUACCUAGAAGAGGCAGCUUCUUGACCUCCGGUAGUACCCGAAGGCCUAACAAUAUCAAAGGAGGCACACCGCUAGGAUUCACGGAACUGUUCGACGAGUUCAGAAAUCAGGAGGGGUUGACCAGUGUGGACGACAUUCUGGCAGCCAUUAUAGAUCCUGAAGGUAUGUCGUUCAACGAUUUAAAGCCACUCUACAAAGAAUUCUUGUUGAAACUGGCCGCGACUUUGACGCAAGACGAACUGUAUCAGAGAUCUGCUAGUAUUAUGAGAAGACGGCGGCGACCGCAAAGACGGCGGUCUAGCCGUAGAUCUUGUUUGUUAGGCAGAGCUAUCAAGAGAUCGGUCUCGAGGCUGAAAGGCGGCCCCACAGAAUUUACGUCCGUUAUAUUCCCGGCUAGAAGACUGAAUGACAGUUUUGGCAGCAGUUCGUCGUGCGACGUCAGGAACAAUCACCGGAACCGAGUGUUGGCAAGCAGACUUGGUAGAAGGAAAUCCUCUUGGCGGAAAAGCAAAACCGGGGCAUGCCACACAACUUCAGAAGACAGUGACACGUGUAAACGACUGAAUCGCGGUAUGGGUGCCACAGCGAACAGAAGCAGCAGUGGAUACGUAAGUUGCAGCGAGUGCAGCUACGAUUCCGAAUCGUGCACCUGCGUGUCGGCAGACAAGUGUUACUGCUCGUUAUCUAGAAGAAUACCGGCUACCUCUGUACCUGAAAACAUGAUUGUUUGCGCAUGCGACACGGAUAGUUGCUCCGAGAGUAAUAAGUGUUACUGCGCGAGGAAGCCAAUUCAGCCGACUAUAAUGGAGCAACUCAGGCAAAAAGGAAUCGUGCCUUCGGAGAGUACACUCAGUCGGGGUGACAGUCCCGACAGGAUCAAAGGCUCGAAAAUGACCGGCAGUCACAGCUCAUCGCAUAACACCGAUUUCCUCAAGAAUCAAUCAUCACCAGCCUGUGGCAGUUCGGACAAUUUAGCUUUAGAUUACGAUCUCUUCAGUCCAGGAAGAAAAUCUCAGCAGUCGUCCGGCAGCGAGAAAGUCCUUGUCGUUAGCGCCAGAGACACUCAGGGCCGUUUGGUUUACGUCGGCGGCGCGGAGAGAGACAAGAAGUAUUCUUCUCGCGGCAGCGGACGAUCCGGUGCGCAUCACGAGGCGCUCUCUAUAAAGAAGAGCGCGGAGAUCGCCGCGGUCUUCGGCGCGGGAGAAAGCAACAGAAUCUCCAGAAGGACAAGUAACGCGUCGAGCAUAAGAAGUUCGAUCAGCCUCGAAGCUGGAUUGGGCUAUUUACCCUAAUAAAACUGCUUGAACUAUCCGCAAGCACUUGAAUAUUCAAUAUUAAAUACUAUAACACGCAUGUACACGUACACGCAUACACUUAUACACAUUUUGCCAUUCGCGCGUUAUGACCAAAGGGUCCUUCUUAAACAUAUCGUGAUUUCGUUAGUUGUGUCUAUCGACACACACACUAUCGACACAUAUGCAACUACUUACGCGUACCUGUUUUGUUUUGAUUUUAGUGUAUAAGUUAUAGGAAAUUGGAAUUACUUAUUACGCUGCAUAUUCGAUCAUUCCAAUUUCGAAUAACGGUGUUUACUUAUGUACGAUUAAAAGAUCAGGCUAUUAGAUUCUUUUCGCUACGCUGGACCUGAUAGCUUAUUAUUAAAUAAUAAAACGGGGCAGUGCAAUACGACAGACGAUAUACAAAAUACCGAAUUUCUUACAACGCGAAUACCAAUUUUACGAUACGUUUUGUAUGGAGCAAGUGUUAUAUAUAUUGUAUACAAUAUUUUACCAAACAUUAUAUAUUUAUUAUGUAAAAUUUUACACCGUGUUAUUAAUAAAGUCUUUAUCCAUCUCAUGAAA